GGAAGAUCCUACACUCGUCCAGGUCCUUCGCCAUUCACAAUCAGUGCUGGCAUAGUCUGUACCGGUCGCUCGCCAUGUGACAUCCCUGUGGGCGGCUUUGUCACCGUAGACAGGUCUUUGAAUAUCUCGAGCCUGGCCGACGGCACCGUCUCCGACAUAUUUGCUUUGAUCAGCUCUUCAGACACCUCUGUCACGUUCGAGGAAUCAAUGACCAACGACAUUUCAUCUACAACCCAGCGGUUCGAGAACGGCACCGCGGGAUAUGUAAUCUUCACACCAACUCUUCGUUGCAUUUCAGGCACUCUUGGAGGUUGUCCCAGCGGCAAUGCAGCAGUGAUGGACGGGAUCAUAGUUGAAGCUUGCACGCCCACUGGGUCCCCUCAGGAUCCUGAUGACAUCGUGGGGACUAUCAAUAUAGUGAAGGCGGAUGAAGCCACGGCUGAAGCUUUGACUUGUAACCCGGCCAAUGUGAGCAGCGCU